AUGUCGACCACAGCAGGGCAGAAGAAAGCAACAAACGCCGAGGAAACGGCACCGAAGCGCAAGCAUGUGAGAAGCUGUAUUGUGUAUACGUGGGAUCACCGCUCGUCGCAGUCGUUCUGGGCUGGACUCAAGGUGCAGCCGAUUCUGGCUGACGAGAUUCAGACUUUCAAGGCGUUGAUUUGUGUGCACAAAGUGCUUCAGGAGGGACACCCGGUUACUUUGAGAGAAGCUCAGGCUCAGACUGGUUGGCUGGAUACGUGUACGCGAUCAGUGGUGGGAGAGGGUCCUCGUGGCUACGGACCUUUGAUCCGUGCCUAUGUCGACUUCCUUCUCGCUAAGCUUCAGUUCCACCGACACCACCCCGACUUCAAUGGGACGUUCGAGUAUGAGGAAUAUAUCGCCCUCAAGAUGAUCAACGACCCGAACGAGGGAUAUGAGACGAUCACCGACCUGAUGACUUUGCAGGAUAGAAUUGAGGCUUUUCAGAAGCUCAUCUUUGCUCACUUUAGGUCCGGAUCUAGCAACGAAUGCAGAAUCUCCGCCUUGGUUCCUCUAGUUGUCGAGAGUUACGGUAUCUACAAGUUCAUUACCAGCAUGCUUCGUGCCAUGCACGCCAACACCGACUCCAGUGAGGCCUUGGAGCCUUUGCGAUCCAGAUACAAUGCCCAGCACUACCGCCUCCUCAAGUUCUACUACGAGUGCUCCAACCUCAAGUACCUGACCGGAUUGAUCGCCGUACCGAAGUUGCCUCAGGACCCACCAAGCCUUAUCGGCGACGAUUCCGCUCCUUCGCUGCCAAAGCGUCCCGUUCAGGAAGCUCCUCGCGAACCCUCUCCUCCAGCACGAGCUGCGCAAACAGACGCUGAGCCGAUACCCGACUUCUGGACCAACCAACAGCUUCAACAACAGAGAGAGUACGAGGAGGAGCAGCAACGAUUGCAGCAAGAACGUGAGGCCGACAUUCAGAGACAGCAGAUGAUGGCUUUGCAGCAACAACGUGACUUCGAGGAGCAGCAACGAUUGCUUGCGGAACAGCAGAGGAUGGCACAGGAGCAGUUGAUGCGGGAUCAGUAUCAGCAGCAGGCUCAGGGUCGGUUGGCGGAGCUGGAGAGAGAAAUACUCAAUAUGCGGGGUCAGUUUGAGCGUGAUCAGUUGAUGUUGGAGCAGUAUGACAGACGUGUGAAAGCUCUUGAGCUGGAUUUGCAGCAGGUGAAUGCCAACGCUUCGCAACAACUGCACUCUAAGGACGAACUCAUCGCGGCUCUUCAAGAGCAACUUGCCACCUGGCGAAACAAGUACGAAUCUCUCGCAAAGCUUUACUCCCAACUACGCCAGGAGCAUCUUGAUCUCCUCGCCAAGUACAAGUCAAUGCAGCUCAAGGCAGCCUCUGCUCAGGAAGCCAUUGACAAGAAGGAGAGAAUUGAGAGGGAGAUGAAGGCGAAGAACUUGGAGUUGGCUGACAUGAUCCGUGAACGUGAUCGCGCCCGUUAUGAUCUUGACAAGUUGAAGGGUGGGCAAAGAGAAGAGGUCGAGAAGCUGAAGCGCGAGCUUCGGUUUGCUGAGGAACGUGCGGAGGCGGCUGAGAAGACGAAGAGCUCGGAGGUUACUACCAUGUUGUCGAAGUACAAUCGGGAGAUGGCCGAGCUUGAGAGCUCUCUGCGGGCGAAACAAACCGCACUCGAUGAAAUGUCAGCAAGAUUGCGUCAGAGUGUGGAUGAGAACGAUCGCGCCUUGCGUGAGAAAGAUGAGGAGCUCGAGAUCUACAAGGCUGGAAUGGAUUCUACUCUUCUUCAGCUCAACGAGCUUCAGCUGAAUCACGCUGAGGGCGACAAGGCUUUGGACUCUCAGAUUGAUAACGUCCUUUUGGAUCACCUGAGAAAGUUGAACGACAUUAUCGAUGCUGUCCUCCAGAGCGCAGUGCAGAGAAUCGACGACUCCUUGUACGAGCUUGACUCCCCAAUGCAGGCGGGCAACCAGAACUCUACCCCGGAAUACUUGCUUUCCAUGAUCGAAAAGUGCAGUUCCAGUGCAACUGAGUUCGCCACUGCGUUCAACAACUUCAUUGCUGAUGGACCUAAUGGAAGCCAUGCGGAGAUCAUCAGGACUGCUAAUGUUUACUCAAGCGCUGUCGCUGACGUCUUGACGAACGCGAAGGGUAUCAUCCGUUUAGUGUCUGAUGAGAAGAAGGAGGAAGCUGUUAUUGGUGCUGCGCGAGACUCCGCUGUUAAGUCGCAGCGCUUCUUUACGGCACUCGCCUCAUACCGCCUGACCGGUGUUUCGCCCGAUCAGAAGACUGAAAUUGUCAUCAUCAACAACCUGGAGGCGCAGAAGGCUUUGCAGAAGUUGUCCAAGCUCACGGAGACCAUUGCCCCCAAGAACGCCGUGGACUUUGGUGCGAAGGGUGAUCUCGGUGAUCUUGUCGACCGUGAGUUGAACGAGGCCGCGAAUGUCAUCGAGAGGGCUACUGCAAGGUUGCAGGCACUCUUGGCAAAGCCAAAGGACCCGCGAUUCUCGUCGUCAGAGUUGCAGGUGCACGAGACCUUGCUUGGAUCCGCUAUGGCAAUUACGAACGCCAUCGCACUUCUCAUCAAGGCUGCUACGGAGUCGCAGCGUGAGAUCGUCGCCGAGGGACGUGGUAGCAGUUCUAAGGCUGCUUUCUAUAAGCGGAACAACCGCUGGACUGAAGGCCUUAUUUCUGCCGCCAAGGCCGUUGCUGCUUCGACCAACAUCUUGAUUGAAACUGCCGAUGGUGUUAUCAGCGGUCGUAACAGCCCAGAACAGCUCAUUGUUGCCUCCAAUGAGGUGGCUGCUGCAACUGCUCAGCUUGUGGCCGCAUCUCGUGUCAAGGCUUCCUUCAUGUCUAAAACUCAGGAACGUCUUGAGAAUGCCGCCAAGGCUGUAACGAAUGCUUGCAAGGCUUUGGUGAGGCAAGUCAAGGAGAUCGCGGCUUCUCGAUUCCAGGACCAGGAUGACGGUGUUAACUACGGAGCAAUGGCACCGCACGAGUUCAAGGUGCGUGAGAUGGAGCAGCAGGUCGAGAUCUUGAAGCUUGAGAAUGAGUUGACUCACGCAAGACGCCGGUUGGGAGAGAUGCUAUUGGUUGGUGCUCCUAACCGCAAGAAAGGCUUUGAUUUGGGUUUCCCUGGCGACCCGGGCGCUUUGCUGGGAGCACCUCGCCUGUGCAAGCUCAUGCAGCAACAAUCACAGAACCAAAACAAACGCCGGACACUCGGAGAGCACCGAAAUGCUUUGGAUCAACUGAGCAUCAACUGUCAACUUCACGACUAUCUUCAUCGCGCAUUCGGUACCGAAGGUCCUGCCGAUGCGUCAGACACUGGACCAAACCCUUUUGCUUUGGAUGCCGACUUGAAGCAUUUCAAGGAACUCUUCUCCAAACUGAAGUUUAGCUACCUGGAACAAGAAACAAAGGAGAAAUAUCUCCAUGCCAUCCUAGAUGAUCCUCCAUUGGUGGUUGAGUCCAGGCAUAACGUCGAGAUUGAGCAGGCAAACCUUGUCCACAAACAGAGACUGAAGGAGCGCAAACGUGAGCUUGAAGCGAUCCAAAGUCAGUUGAUAGCAGUCUGUGAACGCGCCUGUGAUGACCGCAAAGCCCUCUCCGCCGACAUGUCUGAGGCAGAAGAAUUACUGCGGGACCUCACAGCCAUGGAGGAAGAGCUUGCUCAGAUCUCGAACGAGGAAGACAUAACGGAGCAGAACCUGCCGCUCCCAGAUUCUAUGGCCAUCCUUGAGUCGAGGGAGAAGGACAACGAAGAGUUGCUGUCAUUGGUCACUCAGUUGAAUGAAGCGAAGGAGACGAGUUCUGCGCAACACGAAGAUGCGGUAGAGGAAUUGGCAAAGCUGCAGAAGAUCGUCGAGACCCAGGAAGCACGUGCGAAAAGCGCACUGCUCAGCAACGUCGAGGAGUCGUGUAACAAAGAAGGGGUUGGUAAGUGGUACAGAGCGGUCAUUGAGAUACAGUCGGAGCUCGGCGCAGCAAGUCAGGCGUGAUGGUUUAUCAGUAAUAUUGAGCACGUAAACUUUCUCAAAG